GGCUGCGGGGCGGUGCCGCAGCAGGGCUACCCGCAGGCGCACCCCGCGUACGGCCUGGACGGCAGAGCCUCCCAGCCGCAGCACUGGCAGGGGCCUGGGGCGGUAGCCCGGCUGGCACCGGCGGAGCCGAGGUCGGGGGACGUGGUGCUUGCGGCGCCGCCUGUCCUCUUCGUGCUGGAGCCCAUGGCUGUCGCUUGCAAGCUGAGGGGCGUCGACCAGACCAUCAGAAGGGCGCACACGAUGGCCACCCGCGGCGGCGCGCUGGCGCAGGUGGGCCAGAGCUGGUGCAACGCCAUCCGGCUGGCCUGGCUCGACGGCUCGCUGCGGGCCCGGAGUGGGCCCGCCCGGGGCGACCGCUGCCUCGCCCCAGAAUCGGAGGGGGACAACCAGAGUAUGAAGCGCCCAAGGCGCCUGCUUGCCGGGGGGGGCGACGAGCUUGAGGUGGGCGGCGAGCAGGUCAUCGUGGAAUGGGCGCAGGGCGGGCUGAAGAAACGUGGCAACGCCGAGAAAACGCGCGAAGAGGGUGGACAUGAGGGCGCGGGCGCGGGCGACGUCUCCACGAUCAUCAUGGCGAGGAAUAAAUCCGAUCAGUUGGAGGCGCGAGCGAGGCCGUUGGAGCGCGAAGCCACGGGCGCGGCAAUCUUGGACAGGCAGCAUCAGAUAGUCGCAGGCGUGAGCAAAGCUUACCUGGAGUACGCCAAAGCCACGGCCAACGAGAUGCUCGAGGCAGCGGAGACAGAAGAGCAUCCUCUAGACCAGCUAACGCCACUCGAGAUGCCGACGGCGCACUACCAGCAGAGGGGCAAGGUCAUGAACCUUGAGCCGCUCAUUGGAGAACUGGUCAAAGCCAGUGGUGGCCGCAUUAGUUUCUCUCUCGGGGUCAGCGAGCCGUCUGCGUAA